UUUCCGUUUAGUUAUUAUAAGCUAUAAGCCUCCACCUUCUCCCACUUCAACGUCAAGCGUACGCUGCACACUUGUUCCUCCUCAGAACCAGAAUCGCUUGGCUUCUGGUUCUAGGGUUUCGCCGCCAUGGGAACUGCGUCCAGGCAGUUGAAGGUCAUGCUCCGCAAGAACUGCCUCCUCAAAAUUCGUCACCCUUUCGUUACUGCUGCUGAGAUUUUGCUCCCUACGAUUGUGUUGUUGUUGUUAGUAGCUGUAAGGACGCAAGUGGAUACACAAAUUCAUCCAGCUCAACCGCACAUUCAAAAAGAUAUGUUUGUGGAAGUAGGAAAAGGUAUAUCCCCCAACUUUCAACAAGUUUUGGCAUCAUUGUUGGAAAGUGGAGAGUAUUUAGCUUUUGUACCAGAUACCGAUGAGACAAAGCUGUUGAUAAAUGUAGCAUCGACAAAAUUUCCACUCUUGAAGCUAGUUAGUAGAGUAUACAAAGAUGAGGAAGAGUUGGAAACAUACAUCCGCUCAGAUGCUUAUGGUAGCUUCAAUCAAGCAAGGAAUUGUUCAAAUCCCAAAAUUAAAGGAGCAGUUGUGUUUUAUGAACAAGGUCCUCAGUCAUUUGAUUAUAGCAUACGCCUCAAUCAUACGUGGGCUUUCUCUGGAUUUCCAGAUGUUACGACAAUAAUGGAUACAAAUGGCCCUUUUCUUAAUGACUUGGAACUUGGUGUUAGUGCUGUACCAACAAUGCAAUACAGCUUCAGUGGGUUUUUGACUCUCCAGCAAAUGGUUGAUUCAUUCAUAAUAUUAAUAGCGCAACAGUCUGACUUAAAUGUCAAUGCUGAAAGUUUAGAGCUUCCUCUUCCAGGAUACUAUGACACUAAUUUCUCUUUGAAAAGUCCAUGGACUCAGUUUAACCCUGCUCACAUACGAGUAGCUCCAUUUCCUACUCGAGAGUACACUGAUGAUCAGUUCCAGUCAAUAAUAAAGAAAGUCAUGGGAAUAUUGUACUUAUUGGGGUUUCUCUAUCCAAUUUCUCGCUUAAUCAGUUAUUCUGUGUUUGAGAAGGAACAGAAGAUUAAAGAGGGACUCUAUAUGAUGGGCCUGAAAGAUGGCAUAUUUCAUCUUUCUUGGUUUAUCACAUAUGCUUUGCAGUUUGCAAUUUCUUCUGGGAUCCUUACAGCUUGCACCAUGGAUAAUUUAUUCAAGUAUAGUGAUAAGACAUUGGUGUUUGCGUACUUUUUUGUUUUUGGGCUUAGUGCAAUCAUGCUCUCUUUCUUUAUAUCAACAUUUUUCAACCGGGCUAAAACAGCUGUAGCCGUUGGAACUCUGUCUUUUUUUGGAGCCUUUUUUCCUUACUACACUGUCAAUGACGAGGGAGUUUCAAUGAUCUUGAAAGUUAUUGCUUCUUUACUUUCACCUACUGCCUUCGCUUUGGGUUCGAUCAACUUUGCUGAUUAUGAGCGUGCUCAUGUUGGACUUCGUUGGAGUAACAUAUGGCGGGAAUCAUCUGGAGUGAACUUUUUUGCAUGUCUUCUGAUGAUGAUACUUGAUACACUGCUAUAUUGUGCAAUUGGACUUUAUUUUGAUAAGGUUCUUCCAAGGGAGUAUGGACAGAGAUACCCAUGGAGCUUUAUUUUCCAAAAGGAUUUCUGGAGGAAGAAAAAAAUUGUAAAACAUUGUUCCUCCGGUAUUAAAGUUAAAAUUUCUGGUAAGAAUUCUGAGUCGGAAGGGAAUCUUUCAGGGGAAUAUACUUUUAGACCUGCUAUAGAAGCAAUAAGCUUAGACAUGAAACAACAGGAGCUUGAUGGCAGGUGCAUUCAAAUCAGGAAUUUGCAUAAAGUAUAUGCUACGAAAAAAGGGUAUUGCUGUGCUGUUAAUUCGUUACAGCUGACACUGUAUGAAAACCAGAUUCUUGCUCUUCUAGGACAUAAUGGAGCUGGGAAAAGCACGACAAUCUCAAUGCUUGUUGGUCUGCUUCCUCCUACUUCUGGGGAUGCUUUGGUGUUUGGAAAGAACAUUGUAUCAGAUAUUGAUGAGAUACGGAAGGUUUUGGGUGUCUGCCCACAACAUGAUAUACUCUUUCCUGAAUUAACAGUUAGAGAGCAUUUAGAACUGUUUGCCAUAUUAAAGGGUGUGGAAGAACACUCAUUGGACAAUGUUGUUACUAAUAUGGCUGAUGAGGUGGGCCUGGCUGAUAAAAUCAACAGUAUUGUGAGAACUCUUUCUGGUGGCAUGAAGAGGAAGUUGUCUCUUGGAAUUGCAUUGAUUGGAAACAGUAAGGUUAUAGUCCUUGAUGAACCCACUAGCGGAAUGGAUCCAUACUCGAUGCGCUUGACUUGGCAAUUAAUAAAAAAAAUUAAGAAGGGCAGAAUAAUUUUGCUCACUACACAUUCUAUGGAUGAAGCAGAAGAACUAGGUGACCGGAUAGCUAUCAUGGCCAAUGGUUCUUUGAAAUGCUGUGGAAGCUCCCUUUUCUUGAAGCAUCAUUAUGGAGUUGGUUAUACUCUAACUCUUGUGAAGUCAGCCCCUACUGCUUCUAUAGCUGGUGAUAUAGUAUACCGUCAUGUUCCAUCAGCAACAUGUAUAAGCGAGGUUGGAACUGAGAUUUCUUUCAGACUUCCUAUGGCAUCCUCAUCAGCUUUUGAGGGGAUGUUUAGGGAAAUUGAAGGUUACAUGAAAAAACCAAUUUCAAACAUGGAAUUGAGUGGCAAUGGUGACAAAGACAGUCUUGGUAUUGAAAGCUAUGGUAUAUCUGUAACUACCCUGGAGGAGGUAUUUUUGAGAGUUGCAGGAUGUGACUAUGAUGAAGUUGAAUGCUUUGAAGAAAAUAACCAUUCCCUUAUAUCAGACUCCGUGGCUUCUCUUCCUACUAAUGAUCAUCCAUCCACAAAAACAAGUUGCCUUAAAAUUUUUGGAAAUUAUAAGAAGAUUCUUGGUUUCAUGUCUACCAUGUUGGGAAGAGCUUGUGGCUUAAUUUUUGCUACAGUUAUUAGUUUUAUCAACUUCUUGGGUAUGCAGUGCUGUAGCUGUUGUCUCAUCACUAGGUCAACAUUUUGGCAACAUUUUAAAGCCUUAUUCAUUAAAAGGGCAAUAUCUGCUCGAAGAGACCACAAAACAAUUAUUUUCCAGCUAAUGAUUCCUACUCUCUUCUUGUUUAUUGGUCUUCUAUUUCUCAAGCUCAAGCCACAUCCUGAUCAGCAAUCACUGACCCUUUCAACUUCUCAUUUUAAUCCUCUAUUGAGUGGUGGGGGUGGAGGAGGUCCAAUUCCAUUUAAUCUAUCUUUGCCAAUUGCUGAAAAGGUAGCACAAAAUGUCAAAGGAGGGUGGAUUCAGAGAUUCAAGCCAAGCUCAUACAGAUUCCCUAAUUCAGAAAAGGCAUUGGCUGAUGCAGUGGAAGCAGCAGGGCCAGCUCUGGGGCCUGCUCUACUUUCAAUGAGUGAAUAUUUAAUGUCUAGCUUUAAUGAAUCCUACCAAUCUAGGUAUGGGGCAAUUGUGAUGGAUGAUCAGAAUAAUGAUGGAAGCUUAGGAUACACUGUAUUGCACAACUGUUCUUGUCAACAUGCUGCUCCCACCUUUAUCAAUUUGAUGAAUUCUGCAAUUCUUAGGCUUGCAACCAUGGACAUGAAUAUGACAAUUCAGACACGCAACCAUCCUCUACCAACAACACAAAGCCAGCACUUACAACGUCAUGACUUGGAUGCCUUCUCUGCUGCAAUUAUUGUCAAUAUUGCUUUCUCUUUUAUACCUGCCUCAUUUGCCGUUUCAAUUGUUAAGGAACGUGAAGUGAAAGCUAAGCAGCAGCAACUAAUCAGUGGGGUUUCCGUCCUAUCAUAUUGGGCUUCUACAUUUAUUUGGGACUUUGUGAGCUUCUUGUUUCCUGCCUCUUUUGCCAUAGUUCUCUUUUACAUCUUUGGUCUGGAUCAGUUUGUUGGAGGGGUUUCUUUGUUACCAACAAUCCUCAUGCUUUUGGAAUAUGGACUCGCAAUUGCAUCAUCAACUUAUUGCCUAACAUUUUUCUUUUUUGACCAUACCAUGGCUCAGAACGUGGUUCUCCUGAUUCACUUUUUCACCGGAUUGAUUCUAAUGGUUAUCUCAUUUAUUAUGGGACUCAUGCCAUCAACAAUGAGUGCAAAUUCUUUACUUAAGAAUUUUUUCAGAAUAUCUCCUGGAUUUUGUUUUGCUGAUGGUCUUGCUUCAUUAGCUCUUCUGCGGCAAGGAAUGAAAGAUAAAACAAGUGAUGGGGUUUUUGAUUGGAAUGUUACCGGUGGUUCCAUCUGUUAUCUUGCUGUUGAGAGCUUUAGUUACUUUCUGUUGACACUUGCACUUGAAAUUUUCCCUUCUCUCAAAUUGACUUCAUUCAUGAUCAAGAAGUGGUGGAGAGAUGUUAAUAUUUUCCGGCGUGAUACUCCUUAUUUGGAACCUCUGUUAGAACCUUCAUCUGAAACUGUUGCAAUGAACUUCAAUGAAGAUGUAGAUGUGAAAACAGAAAGAGAUAGAGUACUUUCCGGUUCCCUUGACAAUUCCAUUAUCUACCUGCACAAUCUUCGUAAGGUAUAUUUUGAGGAGAAGCAUCAUGCGAAAAAGGUUGCAGUAGAUUCAUUAACUUUCUCAGUUCAGGAAGGAGAAUGUUUCGGAUUUUUAGGAACAAAUGGAGCUGGAAAGACCACAACACUUUCUAUGCUAUGUGGGGAAGAAUCUCCGUCUGAUGGGACUGCCUUUAUUUUUGGCAAAGAUAUAUGUUCCCAUCCCAAGGCUGCUCGUCGAUACAUUGGAUAUUGUCCACAAUUUGAUGCUCUGUUGGAAUACUUAACUGUCCAAGAGCAUCUUGAGCUCUAUGCUAGAAUAAAAGGUGUUCCAGAUUUUGCACUAGAAAAUGUUGUUAUGGAAAAGUUGGCAGAGUUUGACUUAUUGAAGCAUGCUAAUAAACCAUCAUUUUCACUUAGUGGAGGGAAUAAAAGAAAACUCUCUGUUGCAAUUGCAAUGAUUGGAGAUCCUCCUAUUGUCAUUCUUGAUGAACCAUCCACAGGUAUGGAUCCCAUUGCCAAAAGGUUCAUGUGGGAUGUAAUAUCUAGGAUAUCCACAAGACGAGGAAAGACUGCAGUAAUUCUUACUACCCACAGCAUGAAUGAAGCUCAAGCCUUAUCUACCAGAAUAGGGAUAAUGGUUGGUGGACGAUUACGAUGCAUUGGAAGUCCACAGCACCUAAAAACUAGAUUUGGGAAUCAUCUGGAACUAGAGGUAAAGCCCACUGAAGUGAGUUCUGUGGACUUGCAAACUCUCUGCCAAGCUAUUCAAGAAAGACUGCUUGAUGUCCCUUCUCAUCCUAGAAGCUUACUUAAUGACCUUGAAAUUUGCAUUGGGGGCACUGACUCUGUCACAUCAGGAAAUACCUCCAUUGCAGAGAUUAGCUUGACACGAGAAAUGAUAGGCUUAAUUGGGCGCUGGCUUGACAAUGAAGAAAGAGUGAAAACACUAAUCUCUUGUACACCUGUCUGUGAUGGAGGUUCUCAGGAACAGUUAUCAGAACAACUGUUUCGAGAUGGUGGUAUUCCUUUGCCAGUAUUUUCUGAGUGGUGGCUGUCUAAACAAAAGUUCUCUGAAAUUGAUUCAUUUUUUCUAUCUUCCUUUCGUGGAGCAAGAUGUCAAGGGUGCAAUGGUUUAAGCAUCAGAUAUCAGUUACCAUAUAAUGAGGAUUUUUCUCUGGCAGAUGUUUUUGGACUUCUUGAAAAAAACAGAAAUAGAUUAGGGAUUGCGGAGUACAGCAUCAGCCAAUCAACUCUUGAGACGAUAUUCAAUCAUUUUGCAGCUAAUCCAUGAUGUGUCCUUAUUUUACAAUUCCUUUCAUAAAAUGCUGCUUGUUGGUUAUAAUGUGUUAAUUGUAUCAAAAUGAUGACAUUAUAAGGCCAUGUAUAUUGUACAGUCAAUUAUUAUAGUGCCGAAUUGUAAAUAGAUUUGUAGUACUAAGACCCUUAAAUCAAUCUAACUGCUCUAGAAGCAUUCGAUUUCUUGAGGAUAGUACCUGUUAGGACUAUCUUCAAUUUAUCUUGUUCCGUAAUCCGUUCCAUCCCCAACCGGUUGAUAAUAAGGAGUUCGGUAGUCAUUUUCCCUUGC